AGUCCGUGCUGAAGAAAAAAUGACUCUAUAUAUGUUCUUGUGUGAUAAGCGACAUAAAAAACGACGACAUUUUGUGAUAAUGACGACAUUUUUAUUUUGUGAUAAGCGAUAUCAAGCGACAUUUUUUUCGUAUUUUUUUAUAAACUGGAUACCAACCUCCGAUUGGCG